UGCGUUUGCUGUGUCGGUGCGACUAAUGCAAUUAUAUGUUGUUGUUGUUUUUACAGAAUCCGUAACCUGUUUUAUUUCGAAAUAAAAAUCGGAAGUUACGCACUGACUAUUGCGCAUGCCCACAUCUAAGGCACGUACACGUGGGACUCUGUGGGGCUGGAGCUAUGUCUAAAACAAAACAAAAACGAGCAAAACGCCUUGGUUUUGGGAGGAAAUGUAAGAAUAAAGAUGGUAAAAAUGCUGAUGCUUCAGGGGGGAGGAGUUCUCAGGAUCAGUCAUCUGUGCAACAUGACAGAAAACCAGAAGAAACCAGAAAGCAAAGGCUUCAAGUGCUCAAAGAAAAGCAGAAGAUCUCCAGAGAACAACAGCUGAUGAAGAGGAGGAAUUUGCAAAGCUUUCAAAAUGACAUCCUACAGAGGCAGAGAGCGUUUGAGCAGAGGGAAACAGAGAUGCAGAGUUUAGAAAAGCAUGUGCACUUUGAAAAUGAGAAUUCAAGAAAAGCAUAUUAUAGAGAAUUUAAAAAGGUAGUGGAGGCUGCAGAUGUGAUCUUAGAAAUUUUGGAUGCACGUGACCCACUGGGGUGCAGAUGCCCUGAGGUUGAGCAGGCAGUCAUUCAAAGUGGAACAAACAAAAAAAUUGUGUUGGUGUUAAAUAAAAUUGAUUUGGUAUCAAAGGAAAUUGUGGCGAAGUGGAUUAAGUAUCUGCGGAAUGAGUUUCCCACAGUGGCUUUUAAGGCAUCCACACAACAGCAAUCCCAAAACUUGAAACGCAGUCAUGUGUCAGUGACUCAAGCCACCACAGAGCUCCUUAGCAGCAGUGCUUGUAUUGGUGCAGAGUGCUUGAUGAAGCUCCUCGGUAACUACUGCCGCAACCUUGACAUAAAGACAGCCAUCACUGUAGGUGUUGUAGCCAGAGUACCUGGGGGAAAAAACAUGAGGAGAACAUGCAAACUCCACACAAGAGGGCCUAGAGCCUGUGACGCAGAAAUGCUGACAAUUGGGUCUCUGUGCUGCCUGCAAAAAGGAAAAGGUUUUCCUAAUGUUGGGAAGAGCAGUUUGAUCAACAGCUUAAAACGCACAAGAGCAUGUAAUGUUGGAGCCACUCCUGGUGUCACCAAGUGCCUUCAAGAAGUGCACUUGGACAAACACAUUAAGCUUCUUGAUUGUCCAGGCAUCGUCAUGGCAACAUCAACAACUGAUGCUGCAAUGAUUCUCCGUAAUUGUGUGAAAAUUGAACAGCUGGUUGAUCCACUUUCACCCGUUGAAGCCAUCCUCCGACGUUGCAACAAGGCACAAAUCCUCCAGCACUAUGGAGUACCCGACUUUCACACAGCUCUGGAAUUCUUGGCGUUGCUUGCGCGGCGUCAGGGCAAACUAAGAAAAGGCGGGCUGCCUGACACCGACAAAGCAGCAAAAAGCAUAUUGAUGGACUGGACAGGAGGAAGGAUCAGCUAUUUCACUCACCCCCCUGAGACACACACACUUCCUAUGCAUGUCAGCGCUGAGAUUGUAACAGAGAUGGGUAAAGCUUUUGACUGGGAUGAACUUGAAAAAGGAAAUCAGGAAGUUCUUGCAGAUUCAUCUUGUUCUGAUAUUCAAAUGGGAUUCUGCAUCGAAAACAUGGGAAUGACAAAUGGCAACCAGGCUCCAGUGCACUUUUACCAAGAAAUUGAAGGCGAGUCAGUGCAGGAGCCAGAAUUAAAAGAUGAAGAUGAAUCUAUGGAGGAUGAUCAGGAUACAGAGUUUGGACCAAUGACAGUGGAGCUAAAAUCUCAGAGGUUGAAGAGUGUCUUGCCUGAAAUUAAGGCCAAGGUUCCAGAUUUGAAGGAUAUUGUUAAUGUACAUCCUUUACAACAAGGCCAGGCGCUUUUGGCUGCUGUCAAGAAGCGGAAGAAGCAACAAAAAAGAGCUGACAAACUUUCUACCAAACUCUCAGACACCUUGAUAUCUGCAAUGGAUUUCUCGUUUUGUGACAGCUAAUUAAAGGAGUACUAAAAGAU